AUGGCUGGUCAAUCAAAGCCCGCUCUGUCUCCUUGGGGAAGCGCCGUUGCAGGUGCCACUGGCGCGGUCCUUGCAAAUGCUAUUGUCUACCCACUUGAUUUGGUUAAAACGAAGCUGCAAGUUCAGGUGAAAAAGGCUGGCGAAGCAGAAAGCAAAGAUUCGGACGAUGUGCACUAUAAAUCAACCUGGGAUGCGAUCACGAAGAUUAUGGACAAAGAAGGAGUUGAGGGACUAUACUCCGGAAUGGCUGGUUCCCUUAUUGGCGUUGCCUCAACCAACUUCGCCUACUUCUACUGGUACAGCGUCGUGAGGACGCUCUAUAUGGCUUCGGAACGUGUGCCCAAACCGCCAGGAACUGCUAUCGAGCUCAGCCUUGGUGCUGUUGCCGGUGCUGUUGCUCAAAUUUUCACAAUUCCUGUUGCUGUCAUCACCACACGCCAGCAGACACAGCCAAAGGACGACAAGAAGGGUCUAAUUGAGACCGGCAGAGAAGUAGUCAACAGCGAAGAUGGAUGGUCCGGUUUGUGGAGAGGCCUCAAAGCGAGCUUGAUCCUCGUCGUGAACCCGGCUAUCACAUACGGUGCUUAUCAACGUCUCAAGGACAUUAUUUUCCCCGGGAAGAAGAGCCUCAAGCCUUGGGAAGCAUUUCUUCUUGGUGCUCUAUCCAAGGCCAUGGCCACCAUCGCAACUCAGCCGUUGAUUGUUGCCAAGGUUGGCCUUCAAUCGCGCCCGCCACCAGCCCGUAAUGGGAAGCCAUUCAAGACCUUCAGCGAGGUUAUGCGAUUUAUCGUCGAGAAUGAGGGACCGCUAUCUCUAUUCAAGGGCAUUGGGCCCCAGAUUUUGAAAGGUCUUCUAGUUCAGGGUCUACUGAUGAUGACGAAAGAAAGGAUGGAACUCCUUUUCAUUGUCUUAUUUGCAUAUCUCAAAGGUCUCAGAGAGAAGAAGCUUCGCAAGGCCGUUGAUGCAGCGGCGUCCAAGGCACAGGCCAGCCUUCCGGCGACUCUGAAAUAG